CGAAGCAAUAGGAAAUGAAUGGGAACGCGAACGGAUAAUUCUCUCCAGGUGCAGACCACCUUGAUUCCAUCGCACAAUGCUAAAAGUACCAUGGUUCAGACUGCGAGAGAACACACUGCACACCCUUCCGAGGUGAAAUCCUGUUAACCCAUGACCCAUCACUUGACCCAAUGAAGUGUUGGAGGGGACUAAAAUCAAGAGUGAAACAAUGAAACACUAAGAGUCACAGUCUUGUGCUUAAGUGGGAACACAUUUUUUAGAGUCCCAAUGCGAGUACUGGCCAGCGAUGGACUACAGCCGUACAGACGCUAACCUGGGUUUCCACGCAGAACUGUUACCGUAAUCGAGACCAGAUCCGCAGAAUGCUGAGUCCCAUUGUUCCCUAUAGCCUAUUGAAGAUGCACUGGAACCCGGAGCAUGCACAGCCCCUGAGCCAGUGGCCUGAGCAGCAUUUGGACGUGUCGUCCACCACCUCAUCCCCUGCCCACAAGUCUGAGCUCUACCCCAGCCGCAGCCGUGGCUCCUACAGCUACGCCUGGGCAAAUGAUGACAUCUCGGCCCUUACUGCCUCCAACCUACUGAAGCGCUACGCUGAGAAAUACUCCGGCAUGCUAGACUCACCGUACGAACGCCCUGCUGUGGGCACGUACCCUGAACCUGGAGCCUUUGGGGCCCUUAACGGAGGCCAGAAAAACGAACUGGAACCUUGGCCUCUUACGCACAGCACUGACGGGGGGUAUCCCUUGGUGCCUCCUUCUUCACAUGAUGGUCUGUCGGGACCAAAGGUGGUUCCCACAUCAGCAGGCCCACCAGGCUCGGGCAAUGUGUCGGCAGUUAACAGCAACCUUUCGGACUCGGGAUACAGCGGGAGCAGCUCCUGCAGUGGGCCCCAUUCCAGCGACUACCCACCCAGUUACAAUGGCACCUACCUCUCUUCAGGGUACUGUCCCCAACCCAGUUCAGCACUUCCACCAGCCUCAUUACAUGCCCUUCAACCUAGCCCCACACUUCUCCCCAGUUACACACCUUCUACCCCUGUGUACAACUACCCCCCUAGCACCUACCCUCACCAGACAAGCCUUGCUCCUAGCUACACCCAUCCAACAGCCCCGUACAUCCCCUCGGGCAUAGCCGCCCCCUCUCCACUUCCAUCAAGACCCACAGUGGUUGGUGGCAGCUAUGGCUAUCAGAACAGCAGUCUAGGGGGCUCUGAGCCUGGAGGCUCUCUGAAGAGAAAAGCAUUUGAGAUGACCCUGGAUGAGGAAGAUGGAGACAGUGCACGCUAUAGGAAAUAUAGCUAUGACCCCAUAAAAGCUGGGGGAGAUUCUCCAUACGGGGUCACGGAUAAAGCUGAGUGCCGUGGAAAUGGCUUUGGAACGGGCAACGCAGAUCCUCAAGCCUUUAAGCCUAGUAAACCCUCAUCUCAGUCGAGCCUGGAAGGAGACGAAGUGGGGAAGUACAGUGGGCUAAAGCCCAUGGUUUCACCAACGUAUGGAGCCGCAGGGGACUACAGUCCACCAGCAGCCAUGACUGGGGAGAACGGAGGUGCGGAGCAAGGCUUCUCCCAGCAUCGUUCGCAGAAGCGCUCCGAUCCCAUAAAAAGCAUGGAGCCCCGAAUGCUGGAGCUAGUAAGCCAGGAACUGCAAGAUUGCAGUCCAGCAUUGCUUUGGAGUGAACUGGCUGGGAACUGUCACAUCAAAGCAGCACUAGAGGAGGACGUGCUUUGGCCUAUCCUGCGACCCAACCCUGCCAUCCGCCCACCCAGAACCAUCCUGCUGUUUGGCCCUCAAGGAGGGGGCAAAACCACACUGGUACGAUCCAUGGCAUCUCAACUGGGUGCUACCUUCUAUAGGCUGAGCUGUGCAACUUUGGCCUCUAAAUUGAAAGGAGAAGCAGAGCAACUACUCGUCACUCUGUUCUCGGUUACAACAGCCCGACAACCCGCAGUGGUGCUGCUCAGCGAGGUGGAGGCGGUUGAGGAGGAAGGUCUCAGACUGCAACUCCAGGCCCAGCUGGAGAAGAUUCAACAUGGUCAGAGCAGCCCGGUUCUGGUUGUGUGCACCACAAGACGACCUGAUUUGAUCAAAGAUUCUCUUCUGCGCUGCUUCUCCAAGCGUUACCACAUAGGCCUGCCAGAUGGAAACACACGCAGACAUGUGCUUCUACAGGCGCUGGCGCCCCAAGGCUGCAGUCUGGGCGAACGGGAGUUGUCAGCAGUACUGCAGCGUUCGGAAGGCUUCUCCGUCUGGGAGCUGCUGCAGCUCUGCCAGCAGGCUCUGGCAUCAGCUUCCGCCUCUGCACCCGUGCCCUUGCACGGCCUCCCUUCAUCCCUUUCUUCCCCUACCCUCCAAGACUUUGAAAAUGCUUUCUGCAAGGUACGCCCUCACAGCACCCCCAAAGAACUGGACACUUGUAUGGAGUGGAGCAAGGUUUAUAGCCACUGAGAACCUAGUCAACCACUGGUUGGGGACUGCUAAAUGUUUUUCUUUUUUUUAAACUACUUGUUGCAGCCAAAAGAGUGGGACUUGAAAUUACAGUUUAUGGUGGGGAGGCAUUUUGGAUUGAAUGCAUUUAAUCUAGGGAACAUGCCAUGGUGUGUUGUUUUUCUAUAAAUAUACAUAUACUUUAUUUUUUCCCAAAGAAAUGAAAUAUUAGGCCUUUCUUGAAGGGGCAUUUAUUAGUUGCUUGGCAUAUCUGAUAGAAAGUCUGAAUUAUAUUUUGGAAUUUCACUGGAAUUCCAAUUAGCCUUGAUCCUGGACUAAACCUGGAGGUUAUAGAUAACUUGACUUUUCCUGAAAAAUACCCCUGUUGAUUACAACUCUCAGGAUCCUAUUUAUUGCCAGUCCACAUCAGUGGUGUUGUUUUAUUUGCGUUGAUUUACUUUAAAGAUCAUUUGGUGUUUAAGGGCUUAGGAUAUAUCAAAACUACUUUGUUUGUACCAAAAAUUC